AGUUCCUGCUUUGUUUAGUAAAUUUCACCAGCUGUGACACAAAUUGUCUGCUUCCUGCUCACAAAUGUGCCUUUGACAAACAAUUGAUUCUUCAUAUCAGUGAUUAAAGAAAUGCGACGUCCUAGAUCUGAUGAGGAGGAAUAAAUAUACCCAUCGUAUCUCAGGCGGAUAUUCAACUGAUUCAGUCAAUAUAAGAGGAUCCAAGCAGAAUCAUCUUUGCCAACCCCUUCAAGGAAAUGUCUCACACCAAGUAAGCAUCAAAUCACGGCUGUAAACCAUUCUGUCCCAGACAAUUGUUUCCCUGUUGCCUCUGGUGUUAAGAUCAUCGCUGAGCCAGGACACUUUUAUGCAUCUUCUGCUUUCACACUGGUUGUCAACAACAUUGCCAAGAAGGUCAUAAUGGACUCAACUUCUUAUGGUAAAAGCUGAUUUAAAAAAACAUUACUAUAAAUUUGCCUGAUGUUGCAAAGUAUUAUCACAAAUUAGACUGCUGGGGAUAAUAGAUUCAAUUUAUAAAAAAAAGAUUUCUCUAUUUACCAGUGGGAUUACUGUUAUUUAUAAAAAGUAUAUUCUGAAAUCAAGUUCUUCCAGCAGUAAUAAAAUGAUUUAUGCCUUCUUUACAGAGGAAUACAAAGAGACCAAUGAAAGGAAUAUGAUGUAUUGCAGUGGGACCCUGCUCUUGUUUCAUUAUUUUAUUGUAUCUUGUAGUUAAUGUUUUAUUGUUUAUCAACUUGUUGAAGGCAUCAAAUAGUGAAGUAAUCAAUAUGUGUUACGCAAAUAUAUCCUUUAAGACAUCUGUCAUUGCAGGUUGUGUGAACAUAGCUGGGUGUGUCAUUGUGAGGUUAGUGGCGCAGAGAGAUUGACGUUUGCAGUACAUAUGUGACAUAUGAAGCCAAUAUCCUGUACUUAAUCCUUCAGAUCCCCUUGCGCAGAAUUUCUUCAACAUUUUCUGCUAAACCAUCCAUAACUGCUGUCAAUUAGAGCUAUGACAACAGGAUGACAAGUCACAAAUGUACUCAUUACAGCCACCUCAACCCGUGGGAUGUUGAGUUUCAUCUGAUCUGUCAGACAUAGUCAGUAUCACUGCACUCAGGUUCACCGGUAAAUGAUGGUUGAAUUGAUUGUCUAUAAAAACCUAAAAAAUAUAUUAGGGUAGCUUGUGAUAUUUCUCUGGCUUAUGAGAUCUGUUCAGGUUUAAAAUGGAUGUUACUAAAUUAGAAUUUAUGAUGAUUAACACCAUCCUCUGUAUGAUAUAUGUAUUUAUUGUCUACCAUUAAGAGAUGUCCUCCCCUUCAUGUCCCCCGUUCAUCUGCUGAUAUUGGAGUUGUUAAGUAAUUUGUGUGUGUGAGUGUGUGUGUGUGUGUGUGUGUGUGUGUGUGUGUGUGUGUGUGUGUGUGUGUGUGUGUGUGUGUGUGAGUGUGUGUGUGUGUGUGUGUGUGUGUGUGUGAGAAAUAUGGGGAGGGGGAGUCUUUUCUUUGCCUCGCCUCCCAGCACUGCGUUCUUAAGACGUGUUUAAUUUCCAUGAAGAAGCACUUCAGCCAAAACUUCAGGGUGAAGUUAGACUUUAGAAUCAUCCUUUCAGUUAUAGGGGUUCUAUAUGUGUCCACACACCUUUACUGAAACAGAUGGACUGACCUACAUAACUUUCACCUGACAUCGUAGAAAGUGGGAUUUCAGGUUCUAAGUUAGGAUAUUAUGACAACUGAAUAAACCCAUCCAGCCAGAAAUUAUAAGACAAAACUACACCAGUUUACUAAUAAGAAAUCAAAAGGACUUGGGACCAUGAACAGUGCUUCUUCCCCUGAGUUUGAGUUCUCUUUCAUGGAGGAUGGUUUCUCUUUCCGCGAUACUGUUGAGCAGAAGAUCAAUGAAUCAUCUAGGACGGAUGAUAGAGAGGCCUUCUAUGUGUGUGACUUGGGGGAUGUGUUUGAGAAACAUCUGCGCUGGAUGAGGGCCCUGCCUCUUGUCAGAACUUUCUAUGCUGUCAAAUGCAAUGACAGUCGGGCAGUCUUAAAAACACUGGCGUCCCUGGGAACUGGAUUUGACUGUGCAAGCAAGACAGAGCUUGAGCUGGUUCUGUCUCUGGGAGUGGAUCCAAGCAGAAUUAUCUAUGCCAACCCCUGUAAGCAAAUUUCUCACAUCAAAUAUGCAUCUGCCCAUGGGGUCCAGAUGAUGACCUUUGAUAGCGAAGUGGAACUCAUGAAAGUGGCCUGUUUUCAUGACAAUGCCAAGCUGGUGCUGCGUAUUGCCACAGAUGACUCAAAGGCAGUGUGUCGUCUGAGUGUGAAGUUUGGGGCCCCGCUCAAAUCUUGUCGAGGUCUUCUGGAGCGGGCUAAAGAACUGGGACUGAACGUCAUUGGUGUCAGCUUCCAUGUUGGCAGUGGCUGUACUGAUGCCAAGACAUACACGGAGGCCAUCGCUGAUGCUCGCUGUGUUUUCCAUAUGGGCGAUGAGCUCGGCUUCAACAUGGAUCUCUUGGACAUUGGUGGUGGUUUCCUUGGUUGUGAUGACGGUGGACCUAAAUUUGAAGAGAUCACGGAUGUAAUCCACCCUGCCCUGGACAAGUAUUUCCCUGCUGACUCUGGGGUAAAGAUAAUCGCUGAGCCAGGACGCUUUUAUGUAGCUUCUGCUUUCACACUGGUUGUCAACAUCAUUGCCAAGAAGGUCAUCAUGGACUCAACCUCUGAUGAGAAAGAUGAAGGGGCCAAAGAAAAACCCAAAGACAAGACUAUGAUGUACUAUGUCAAUGAUGGACUGUUUGGAUCUUUCUUGGUUUCAGCCUUGUUCUAUAUUACAAAUUUACCAACACUGUAUAAGAAGCCAAAGCCAGAUGAGAUCAUGUACGCCUGCAGUAUCUGGGGCCCAACUUGUGCUGGUGUUGAUCGCAUUGUUGAGCAGUGUUACCUGCCUGACCUGCAGGUGGGCGACUGGCUGGUCUUUGAAAACAUGGGUGCCUACACCGUGAGUGUCUCCUCCACCUUCAAUGGUUUCCAAAGACCUGGCCUUCACUAUGUCAUGUCCCGUCCUGCUUGGCAACACAUCCAGCAGAUUAGUUCGCAGGGGAUGCCAGGUCCUGCAGAGGAGUUCCACCUGUUUGGAGUAUCAGCCUAGAGAGCAGCUUAUGAUGCAACUAAGUUACAUUCCUGGCUAGUAACUCACAAGGCGGUUAACUAUUAAAAUACAGGGAAUCAAACAGCAGAUUGUACCCAUUCCCUUUUUUAUUUAAUUUUUAUUUUGUAUAACAUGCAGCAUUCAAGAAAUUGACACAGGAUUCAUAUCUAUUUAACCAUACAUUUGAUACAUAAGAUACGUUAACGAUUGUAUUGGUAAUUGAUUUAGUUUUCCUGUGGUAACUUUAAGAAGUAUUGUAUUCUUUUAAUAAAUAAAACAGUAGGUGGAGGGCCAAUUAUGUUUUAAAAAAAUAGGACAACCUCAUUUAAGUACUUGAAAAAGCCGCUAUCGACCUUUUGAAAGCUGUUCACAGAAUCUUUCAAUGUCAUAUUCAGUGGUUGGAGAGGGAAAUUAAAUUCCAUUAAAUUAAAAAAGGGUGCAGUGAGAGAUAAUUUCCUGAAGCAAAGAUCCGAAACAUCUAAAUGGCUAACAUGCAUUAUGAGUCAGUGCAAUAUAUUUUCAAGUGUCCAAAUUGUAUCAUCUUCUGUUUGAAGUAAAACAAACUGAUUCAAUA